AUUGGAUGGAAGCAAGAAAGCCGCCACGGAGAAACGAUGCUCCACCCCGGACGUGAUGUCGUAGUACCACAGAUGUAUCGGGCAGUUUGCGGCGACAUCGAUUGUGGUAGACACGAACGCUUUCCUUUCCAGUUGCCUCUCCUCUGUCUUCGCUUCGUUUUCUUGAUUCCUGUAUAUUAGUGUAAUAAGUUAUGUUUCGACCUUCACGAUGAGCGCCCCUGGUACGCAGAUGUGGACCUGCUCCCGUUGUCUUCGAGCCCAGCGCCUGCGGGGUGCUUCGCCUUUCUAUUCCUCGCGGUCCAUAGACAUCAGCCGGUCAUUCAGUGUCGCCACACAUCUGUGGGAAGAGCAGAAGCCAUCAAAUCAUAAGCCCAAUGAUGCGGAUAAGGCUACGUCAAAUGGACAAGAAGAAGGAGCCAUGUCUCGCAGGCUGGCCGAAAUGGCCGAGGAGACGAUCGAUACCGGCAGGAGAAGCGAUCGGAGAUUAAUCCAGGAGGCGGGAUUCUCAGACGAUCUCAAGAAACAACUGGAAGAGAGGAUUGCGCAGACAGAAUUCGCUGCCCAGAACCAGCGGGCUGCGAGCGUGGUCAAUAUGCCGACUGCGGCUGGAAAAGGCACUCAAGAUGUCGCCGGUGCGCAACCAUGGACAGGCUCCGAAUCUCUCCACGACUCAGCUCUGCGAAUGCUGGAUGACAGCCACAAGAGACUGCGGACGCCAUUCCGGACACCUGCAAUUCCGCAGAAAGUGAACCUGCGCCCGGCACCGAAGAAGAGCGUGUCUGCGGCGGACCGCCUUGCCAACGCGCGAGACAAGACGUCAAUCUAUGCCAUCGCCCAACAGCAUGACAUGUCGCAGGACGAGCGGGACAAGUGGCGGAAAGAACUCAAGGACCGCUUUUCCCCAGGGGCGCGUCCCAUGCCCACUACACUGCAGGGCCUUUCAAGCCUCGCGAACGAGCGGAUCGAGGAUGCAAUUGCAAGAGGGCAGUUUAAGAACAUCCCUCGAGGAAAGGGCAAGAAUGUGGAGAGAGACUAUAAUGCCAACAGUCCGUUUUUGGACACUACCGAAUACUUCAUGAACAAGAUUAUUCAAAAGCAGGAGAUUGUACCGCCUUGGAUCGAGAAGCAGCAGGAACUGGUCAAGGCUGUGGCGAGUUUUCGGGGGAGAUUGCGCAACGACUGGCGUCGCCAUGCUGCCCGGAUGAUUUCCAGUACGGGCGGCAGUGUGGAGGACCAGAUACGAAGAGCCAAAGGAUAUGCGUUGGCUGAAGAGCGAGUCAACCCGCGAGUACAAAAGGUGGAAAGCUUGAGUGCCAUUUCCAGCGACGGCAAUCUGACAAACAUCACUGUCGAAGAGCGGAUCGCUGCCGGUGAGCGCGCUGAGCCGGAGGAAGCAGUCGAGAUCAGAGUGACGGAGGAGAGCGCACAGCAAAGUGAAACUGGUGCUUCCAAAACCACAGCUACUAGUACGGCACAACAGGAUACUACGCAUACAGCCACACCUCUCGACACCGAGGUCGAUACACCUACACCGCCCCCGAUAGAGUCGACAUCUUCGACGACCAACUCAGCUCCACAACAACCACAACCAAGACUACGACCCUCCGUCCUCCCCAUGCCCUACCCAUUCCGGGAUCCGAUAUGGGAAAAAGCCGAACUCGCAUACCACAGCCUUGCAGUGAAAGAACUCAACGACCUCACCCGCUCCUACAACCUGAUGGCGCCCAAGAUCGCCCAGAAACCAUACUAUAACCUCCAGCGCGAACUGAAUCGGUGUUUCGCCGACGUGGCCCCGACGCUGGCCGAUGCAAUUCUCGAGCGGAGCCGUAAACCCGCGGUUAAGAUCGCAGUCAUGGGGCACCGCGAAGGUGGCGUCCUGGAGCGGUUUGGCGAGGGCAUCGGCGCCGAGAAAUACAGAGGCCACGAAGGCCGGAUCAGGGAUGAGGUCGAGGGCAAGGGAUAUGGCUUCCGUGAGUUCUGGCGAGAUUUGUUUGGUGGCCCCAAGAGGCAGAGGGAAAGAGGUGCGGCGUGAACAGGGUGGAAGAAGGUUACCCCCGAGAAAAGAAGUGUAACACCAUGAUAUAUAACAACAAUUGGAACUGAAUAGCUCGCUCGAACUCCGCAAUUCAACCGGGUACUAUACUUGUAAUUUGGAGUGCAUACACUGCACAUUCAGAGCUACAGUAGGAAGAGGAGACGAGACGAGAUUGUCAAGUUUUACUACUAAAAGUACCAUCCAGCCCAGUCCGGUCAGAUUCACAUAUGUGAAUUACAUAUACCCAAGUUACUAGUACUGCAUGCAUAAGAUACAGUAGUGGCCACGCGGCAUCAUCAAAGGAAGGGAAGAGAAGUACAGGACAGUCAGUCGAUCAAUCUUGGAAGCCGGAGCCUUUCAUUGCAGCUAUCAUGAUGUACCUAUACUACUGUACCUAGAUGCAAC